CCUGUCGCUGCGUGCUGCUGCUCUCCGUGGGGCGCCGAAUGUUGCAGGAGUAUUCUUUUCGUGCUUUCCGAGACUUUUUCCCUGCAUUUGUGCACGCACGGGUGCUCGUUUAUUGCUUCUUGUUGCUCAGCACAAGGUGUUCCUGAUGACACGCACACACACACAUACACAGAGAGAAACAAAAGCUAGCGAGAUAGGGAGAGAGACAGAGAUAGAGGGUGAGAUAGAGAUUGAGAGAUUGAGAGCCUGUCUGAGUGACGGAUUCUAUCUUGUUCGCCUCCUCAGCGCUCACCUCACUCUUGCCGUGAUGGAUAUGGGCGCACCCUCGGUGUGAACCCGCGCGCUUGGCUCACGCCAUGGCUGGGGUGACGGACGAUGCUAGCAGCGUGCCACCCCAGGGCCAGUACGGCAACGUUAGCAGCCAGCAGGAGGAGGACAACAAGCCCGAGGUCGUGGGGCCGCACGGUAACGUUAAGAUCGCUACUUCCCAAGGGCAAUCCACGGGUUCUUCCGCACCUCCCUUGCAACAGCAAGUUUUGGACCAGAAACCACAGGUACACAACCAACAGCAGCAGCAGCAGCAACAGCAACAAAAUCAGCAAAAGCAGCACCAGCAACCGCCACCGCAACAAGCGACCACCAAGUCAGUUUCUCCGAGCAACAAUCCCAAUUCUGGACCAGCUCCUGCCAAUGAGGGACGGAAGAUAUCUUGUGAAGACAUUCAGCUGGUUCAAAAUCUGAUAGAACGGUGCCUCCAACUUUACAUGAACCAAAGCGAGGUGAUAACCACGUUGCAAUAUCAAGCUAAGAUUGAACCUGGCUUCACUAGUCUUGUUUGGCAGAAGUUGGAGGAACAGAAUCCAGAGUUUUUCAAAGCUUAUUAUACCAGACUGAAGCUCAAGAAGCAAAUUGUGCUGUUCAACCACCUACUGGAGCAGCAAGUUCAGCUAAUGCACAAGAUGCGUCUUAUUCCCAAAACUCCGCUUCCUUUGCAGAAUGGCAUGCAUCCUGCUCCAAUGCAUCACACUCCAAUGGGAUAUCCAAUGCAAACCCCACCACCUGUCCAUUCACAUAUGCAACCCAUGGCUGUUAUGCCUCCUCCAAACUCUCCACUUAUGAACGGAAGUUCUGCUGUGCCCGACAGCUAUCACUCUCAUGAAAAUGAUGGGACAAAUGGCUUAGGAGAUAUGUCGCUGGGUACUGCUUCGUCUGGCGGGAGUGACAUUUCACUUGGCUCCAUGGGAUCUACUCCAGGAGGCAUGCCUGGAGGCUCGUUUCCGUUUGCGAACAUGGGUCCAACAGACAUGUCGGGCAUGGGGAUGGGCUUACCAACAUCCAUGGGCAUGGACGGUACUUUUGCAUCCACUGAUGCAACCAACCAGAAUGGUAUGGGAGGUAUGGCUAUGGGUUCUCAUGAGACAGAUGUCAGCAGCCACAGAGAAUCGCUCGGGUCGCUUGGGCAGCUCCCCCGAAACUUCAGUCUCUCGGAUUUGACAGCAGAGCUCACCAAUAGUACAGGUGAUUUAGAUUUGGGUCCUCUGGGAAGCUAUUCUGGAUCGCCAUUCAUGACACCUGAUGCAUUCUUGCGGUCACCCGAUAAGGAUGUUCUCGACGACAUCGAGUUUUGUGAUUUGAAGACAGAACCCAUGUAAGAGAGGUAAUUUAGAAUGACAAGGAUUCGUUUUCUGGUGGAUGGCGAAGGUGUUUAUGCAUGGGUGGACUCAAUUAUUACCGAUAGAAAUGAAAAAGUUGUUCCAAUCCUUAAUUUGAACAGUGUCAGCGCCCUCCGCGGCUUGGCACUUACAAUGUACAAUCCUGCCCUGACCAAUGAGGCAAUGUUACUUUUGGUAGUUCACCAUGUGUCUUUGUUGUAGGUGCGGAGUCACCAUUAGAGAAGUUAACUGCUUGAGGUAAUUGUAGUUGUUUUUGCUUGGCGCCAACCAGAUCCAAGUACAAGGAAUGUUCAGUUUGUUGGUUAGGGAGACACUCCCAAGAGAAAUCUGGAGGAGCAACAGGUCCGAGGUGUAUACUGAACAUUUCCACAUCGUUUGUGUACAUAUAAAUGUCUGAAUCAGGUUACAGUUUCCACACAUUCGUUUUA